CUUUGUGGAUUUAUGGAAAUUUGUGUGUGGCACUCUCCAGACUGUAGAACUGAAGUCAUGGACCAGGAGCCAACUAUGUGGAUAAAAAAAGAGGCAAUGGAUGAAGUACAAACUGAGUUACACUACAUGGCCCAAGUUUACCCAUGCAGCAUGAAUGUAAAAGAAGAGUUGGAGGAGAAUGUGAAUAAAGAGUUUCUUGAAGACCCAUUAAAGACUGACGGCCCUAGUGUUUGGGUAAAGCAAGAUCCCGAAAUGAAACAACAUGCUGAUGGAUCAGAGCAUAAUACUGUUAAAGAUCCAUUGGGAGUAACUUGGUCCACUGAUUUUAUCAAGGAGGAUCCUGAACUAAAUUUGGAAAUUGAUGUAACUGAGAAUAUUAUCGACUCAGAGUACUGGUGGGACCUGUGGCAUAUCAUGUGAAGAAAUUUUUCACCAUGGACUGGUCCAGGAUGAGUCAGUGAUAGAAAUGGAGAAGUCAGCACAUGAGUUUGGUACAGAAAAUGUGACUAUUGA